UGGACGUGCUCCGCUUUCCUCAAGAUGCAGUUACAAAUUCUUGCGGGCACCUUGCUACUGGGCCGUCAUGCUCUUGCAGUGCCAGCACCUUUAACAGCUGUCAAGAGCCAUCCCCCCAAUAUCAACUCUCUGGGUACCCUCCAAACCUUGAAAUACAACGACUUGGGCCCUCAAAACAAUGGUACAGCCGCAGUCCUCGUCCAUGAUCAUCUCUCGAGUUUCGAAGCACAAGCUCGCUGCUAUUCUAUUGGCGAAAGUCUUUACCUCGCCCAGGAAUUAUCACAAGCCAAUGGUACAGAGCUAGCGUACCAACUCGAUUAUCUCGUUCAUGUGCAAGACCUCCGGCCUAAUGAAACGUUAUGGGUCUCCCAGACCGCUCAUAACGAAUGCCGUGCCUUCUCCCUCGGUCACAGAGAAGUUGUUUCGGUGCCAUGUGGCUCGAAGUUGCCUGCUCUGUGCACAUCGGACGUGCGCCCUACGACGGAUCAAGACAGAACAGCUGCGAACACGUCCAAGAUUUCCAUUGAGUCCGACGGGUAUCGCAUGACUGGCUACCGUGACGGACGCUCGUUUCGCUUUCUGGGUGUUCCCUUCGCCGAUGCUCCUGUGAAAGAGCUGCGGUUUGCGCCUCCCCGCCCUUACUCUGGGCCCCGGGAUAUUGAUGCGACCAAGAUGUCCAACUCCUGCAUCCAAUCCGUGUCAGGCUAUGGCACCUUGGACAACGGCGGCAUAUCCGAGGACUGCCUCUAUCUAAACGUGUAUACCCCUGUCCUCCCCGCGCAGACAAACAAGCCUCUGAGAGGCAAGCCCGUUGCUGUCUAUCUCUAUGGGGGUGCGUUCACCAUGGGGACCUCAGCUAUGGUGGACUACGAUGGAGGUAACUUUGCCAGCCGCAACGAUAUUGUCGUUGUUACGCUCAACUACCGGGUUGGCGCUCUCGGCUGGCUCACUAUCGGCAAUUCAACGACCGGCAACUACGGUGUGAGGGACCAGAUCAUGGCCCUGAAAUGGGUCAAACAGCACAUCGAAGCAUUCGGCGGAGAUCCUUCCCAAGUCACGAUCUUCGGCCAGUCUGCCGGUGGCCAGAGCGCGAUUGCCCUGCUGUCUUCGAGCGCAGCCCAUGGCCUUUUCAGUGGUGCAAUCGUUCAAUCCGCCCCCGUCGACCUCCCCUGGUUCACGCGCGGAGUCUAUAACGAUAUCGUCACCCCUCGCAUCUCCAGCGCCGUGGGUUGCAACGGCACCACCUCCGAGAACGCUCUACUAUCCUGCCUCCGAUCCAUCCCCGCAACCAAGUACCUCGACAACAGCACUGAGUUCAAAGCUGCAACAGCCGCAACCGCCAAAGUCCUCGCCAAUCAGUGGCUACACUCGAGCGACCUCCUCGCAUCCAUCGAGCCUAUGCUUCCCAUCGUCGACGACACUGGCAGUGGCGUGAUCGACGACCAAUUCCACACCCUCCUCUCGGAAGACCGCCUUCCCAACCGUGUUCCUGUCAUAUUCACGACCGUCGCCGACGAAGCCGCCCUCUACGUCAACGCCGAAGUGACCAAGAGCUUGGGGUCCUCCAAGCUGGCCCUCGCCGAGAUCUUCACCCUCGCCUACCCUUCGUCGCUGGCCAAAGCCCUGAUUGCCUCCAACGCCUUCCUCGUGAACCCCAACGACACCGAUAGCGCCCGCAACGUCGCCGCGGAGGCCCUCACCCACAGCGAGUGGACUUGUCCACAAUCCUAUCUCCUGAACAUCGCUACCACCAACAUCACCAAUGCCACCACCACAGCCCCUCAAAACACCACACUGCCCAAGCCCUUCCCCCACCUCUACCAACUCUCCAUCCCCCAGGGUCACAUCCAAACCAUCGUCAACACGCCGCCCAUCUGCUCUCCCAACCCAGACAAGAACGCGACCUGCCACUCCGCCGACGUGCUUCUGAUUUGGGGCACCCUGAACAGCAAGACCCAGAACGUGAGCCCCUACUACAGCACGCAGGACAUCCAACACUCGCAGCUCUUGAACGACAUCUUCUCCGCCUUUUUCCGCACCCGCAACCCGAACCCCGACGUCGAGACCCUAGGCCUCCGUGGCCCCGCCUAUCGCUACUCGUACGAAAUCUUCGGUGAACGCGGCUACCACAUGCCGGAAUACCAGGGCAAUAGCGACCGGGUCGUCGCGUCAUUGGGCGUUGUGCCCGGUGUCACGGUUAAUCCGGGUCGGACGGCCAAGUGUCGGGUGUUUGAGGAGCAGGGCUUCAGUUUCCAGAAAGCCGGGCUUACGAUUUGAUGCAUUGAUUUGUGUAUGUAGCGAAGAGGCUUGUAGAUAGUCGUGGUUCUCUGGGGAGGCGGCGUCGGUCAGAAGUGGCGAUGCUAUCCUCGGGAGCGGCGUCAGGCGAAUGGAGACUAAACGAAAGACCGAGA